AUGGCAUGUUUCACCUGUUGCCAAGGGGUGUUGGUAGCGGCUUCAGGCGGCAUUCCAGUGCAAAGCUCCAUUAGCCCGAGUGGCAAACCUUCUCGCAGCUCUACACGGCCUGGUCACCUCACAUUCCUUGCUGGGGCCAUCUGCAUAUCUGGGCACAUCUCGAGAGGCCACCGGAUACGCAAGCAUAAAGGGAGAGGAUGUAUCCGCAGUUGCAGAUUUGCUGUGCGCAGCGUCUAUGAGUUUUUCAGUGGAGUUGGUGGCAUGCGCUUGGCUUUCAAAGAGGCUGUGCCUGCAAGAGAGCCAUUACCGACCUGGCGUUCCUAUGAGGUGGAUGAAGCCUGUUGCGCCGCCUACUGCGAGCUAUAUGGCUCCAAGUAUGUAAGCGGGGUCAAGCGCGGCGAGUUGUGGAAAAGUCGCAGGGAGCCGGAUGAGCUCUGGCGCUGUUCCAUCGAUCGGCUUCCUGAUGCUGCCUUCGAGG